AUGGCCGCCAAGCUGGACAAGACGCCCGACUUUACCCUCCCCGAUUACGUCAAGUUCUUCAGCGCCGGUGCCCUGGCCGCGACACUCACCCAUGGCGCCGCCACCCCCAUCGACGUCGUCAAGACGCGCAUCCAAGUCGACGACGCCCUCAAGGGCUACAACAUGAUCCGCGCUGGCCGCACCAUCGUCGCCAAGGAGGGCGCGUCCGCGCUCCUCACUGGCUUCGGCCCCACCGCCGUCGGCUACCUCGUCCAGGGCGGCGGCAAGUUCGCCGGCUACGAGUUCUUCAAGAAGUCCUUCAUCGACCUCGCCGGCGGUCCCGACGCUGCCGUGCCCCGCCGCACCGCCAUCUACCUCGGCGCCUCCGCCUCCGCCGAGUUCUUCGCCGACAUCCUCCUCUGCCCGCUCGAGGCCACCCGCAUCCGCCUCGUCUCCCAGCGCGGCUACGCCUCCGGCCUCACCUCCGGCUUCGCCCGCAUGGCCCGCGAGGAGGGUUUCCGCGGCUUCUACUCCGGCUUCGUGCCCCUCCUCUUCAAGCAGGUGCCCUACGCGGUCGGCCAGUUCACGGUCCACGAGGCGGUCAACGAGGUCAUCUACCGGGCUAUAGGUUCCGAGCGCAAGGCGAAGCUCACGCAGCUGCAGAACACGGGCAUCGAGCUGACGUCGGGCAUCGCGGCGGGCGUGGCGGCGGCGGUGCUCUCGCACCCGGCGGACACCCUGCUCUCGGCGAUCAACAAGGGCGCGGGCGAUCCGAAGCAGGGUGCGACGAGCCGCAUGUUCCAGCUAGCGCGCGAGUUUGGCCCUGUGCGGCUGCUGACCAGCGGCCUGGCGCCCCGUGUCGUCAUGACCUGCGGCCUGGUCUCGGGCCAGUUCGUCAUUUACGCCCAGUGCAAGGCGCUCACCGGCGCGCCGCCCGGCAUCGAGAUCCACAAGGAAGCGUCUCUAUAA